UUUGUGGAGGUCUGUGCCAGGUAUGUGUAGUUUGUCACAGGAUCUAGAGAAGAGUGAGAGCUAUGAUUCACCAGAGCCGUCACCGCUGACAAAACGAGCAUUUGGGGAAGUUGCUCAGCCUCUCCGAAUUUGGCUUGCCUCUGUAAAAAAAUAUAAAAAAAAUAAAAAAAAAAAACCUGAGCACCUCAGCUGGCCUCCCCCCCGUUUUGCUUGGACUGUUAUCCAGAUGGUGUCACGCGUGCGAUCGCGGUUUGCAAAACCCCCAAGCGCGGCGGUUUCGCGGGCCUGCACUCUGAUGCCGGUGGCACCCGAGGCGAUGGUGGUGACGGCAACUUGUUCCAAGGAUGUGGAGUUGCCCUGCACGCCCCGCUGGGACCCGCCGGUUCCCUACACAGUCUCUUGGGCUAAGAUAACGGAGGUCGGAGAAGAGAGGAUAGAGGUCCUUCAAGAAGAUCUGCACAAUUAUCAGCAUAAGCAGAAGAACUCAACUUCUCUGAGGCUCCAAAAUAUUACCAGCUGCAACUCAGGAACAUAUAGAUGCACUCUGGUGGAGCUGGCAGGGCAGAGAAACCAAAGUGGCAUGGUGACUUUGAAAGUGACAGGAUGCCCUAAGAAAGGCAAAGAAGAGAACUUUAAAAACUACAAAACUGAAAUUGUACUGCUGGUGGUGCUGGUUGUCUUUUACCUGACACUCAUCAUUUUCACUUGUAAGUUUGCAAGACAUCAAAGUAUAUUUCCAGACUUUUCUAAACCUGGGAUUGAACCAGCUUUUCUACUAGUCACUUCCCCAAAUAAGCAUUUGGAGCCAGUGACACUUCACAAGACUGAACCAGUAUGAAGAAGGAUAUCCUCUGGGGUUUUAUUUUUUCCCCUAAAGUCAAAAGCUAAGUGCUAUGCUUAGACAUGAGAAGAAUGAGUCGUACUCUGAAGAAGACAUCCUUCCUGUGAAGUCUUUCACCUAAACUGAAACAUCCCAAAGUGGAUCCCACACUAUGUUUUGUGGACAGGGCCUUGGAAACCACUACAUGAUCGUGCUACAUAGAGCUACCUGCUCUAUAGUAAUGCUUUUUCAUGGAUACCUGCUUCAUGACGUAGUUACUCAUCUGGUCAACCUCCUGUGAGCUAUGGUGAGAUUCAGCUAGAAAAGGGUCUUGAGAAAUGUAAAUGCUCAGAGCUGGCCCUGGGACAGAUUCUUGAGGAUGGUUGUCCUCUUCCACAUCUGGGAAGCAUCUCUUUGAAUUUGCAGUGUUUUCUUGUACUAACCCAGAUGUUUUAUAUUUGGAGGAAACUGACAAGGCAAGCCAUAAGACAAUGAGAAAUAUUUAGCAAGUAACUUCCUCGUGUGAAGACCCUGUUAUUAGUAGGGAGUGAAUAUGUGUACAUAGAAAUAAUAGGUCAAUGAACUAUUCCUCAACAUGGCCUUUUCAUCUGGGAAAGGCAUUCAUAAUGGAACAAUGAUGACAAGUGCCAUGCUUAUUUUUAUAUCUGUAUAUGUAUGAUAAAGAAGGAUUUGUAAUUUUUUUUUGUUUUGAAAGCUGUAUCUACAAAUAAAGAUAAUUUCUUUUUUUUUUUUUUUUUCCUCCUCCAGGGAGGGCUCAGUGCCUGCACCAUGAAUCCACCGCUCCUGGAGGCCAUUUUUUCCCCCUUUUGUUGCCCUUGUUGUAGCUUCGUUGUGGUUAUGAUUAUUGCCCUUGUUGACGCAAUUCGUUGUUGGAUAGGACAGAGAGAAAUGGAGAGAGGAGGGGAAGACAGAGAAGGGGAGAGAAAGAUAGACACCUGCAGACCUGCUUCACCGCCUGUGAAGCGACUCCCCUGCAGGUGGGGAGCCAGGGGCUCGAACCGGGAUCCUUACACCGGUCCCUGCGCUUUGCGCCACAUGCGCUUAACCCACUACGCCACCGCCCGACCCCCAAUAAAGAUAAUUUCUAGCAGACAAGCGGACUAAAUGUGUACAAAGAGAAUGACAUAAGAUUAGAGAACUAUUGUGACUUGGCAGGAAUGCUAGACCACUUGUGCACACUGGGUCCUCGCCCUUAUUUUCCUACUACUUGGUUUUAUGAUCUUUGUAAAAUUUCUUCUGGCUUUUACUUUCAGAGUUGUAAACCAAAAGGUUGUUGAAUGGAUUGAUUGAAAUAAUUUAUGUGAAAAUACUUUUUAAAAAGUAUAAAGCACAAUACAAAAUAGAAAUUCCAUUG